ACUAAACUGUAACGUAAUCUCAAAGUUAUUAAACAAACAUGAAAAAUUGUACGAGAUGGAGAUUCAGAAGUAGAGAAGAAACUUCAAAUUCGAUGUUGUGGUACAGUAAAGUAUUAAGACGUACAACAUGUAGAAAACAGACUUUAACAAUAAGUAGUUUACCAGACAGUAUUCUUCUUCAUCUCUUCUCUUUUUUGACUUUCUUGGAACUGUGCAAGAUCUCCAGAGUUUGUAAAAGGUGGUAUAUUUUAUCAAAAGACUUCAGCCUGCAUCGUGUUAUUGAGCUUCGAGAAUAUAGUAUCACAAUUUCUCAAGUGAAACAGCUAAUAUAUCAACAUUUCAACUCAUUCUUAGUAGAGCUACAUCUGAGAGGUCAGUCCAGAUCACUAUGGUUGACCCCAUUUACCCCAAAGACUUUGGCCAAGCUUCAGAAAUUUUCACCAAACUUACGUUGUCUUAUUAUGGAAGAUUGUAAUUUUCGAUCACUGAAAAGUGAGAAAUGUGUCAAACUGCAAGAUUUUCCAUGUACAUUACAUCACUUGUCUAUCAGAAAUUCCAUCAUCGAUCGAAGCGUAUUCUUUUGCACAAAUAACGUGAAACCUUUUACAUUUAAUUUAGAAAUUUUAGACCUAGGGAGGUGUGUAUAUCUAGCUGAUGGGAACAUCGAGCAAUGGCCAUACUUACCUCAAUUGAAAGAACUUUUCUUGGAGGGAUGUCCUUUUAUUGACAAGCACCUUUUAGAAAGCAUAAUGGGGCUUCAGAGAACUUUAAAUGUGCUUGAUAUAGAAGGAUCGUACGGAUUUGAAACAGCUGUAUCCAUCAUUGGAGAAAACACAGUGAAUUUAAAAGAACUUUAUGUUGGAUGCACAUUAACUAAAGAUUGUAGCUUAUUGUUGGUCACCAAAGGAAUGUUUAAACACCUGAAAAAGCUCUGUCUUUCUGAAACUCGUGUUACUGAUACAGGUCUGGAACACCUCACAUCAGUUGUGCUCUCUCUGACAUGGUUGAAAUUGGAUAUGACUCGAGUGAGUAACCAGUGCAUCAAAAACAUGAAGGGUCUUCUUCCUGAUAUUGUUGUUAUAAAGAAUACAAAUGUGACGGUUUUCAGAGUUUUCAGAAAUGAAGGUUGUGCUCAUUACCGGAAUAAAGUUCACUACCUAAUGUAGCCAUGGUUUAUAUGCUGUAUCAAGUGGGUGUAACGUAGCCAUGGUUUAUAUACUGUAUCAAGUGGGUGUAAUGUAGCUCUGGUUUAUAAAACUCGGAAAUGUUAAAGGUGCUAGUUUUGGACUUUGGCAACACUAAAGUCACAAGCCUGUUUUCAUCCCAAGACAUCCAAUCAACACUAAAGUCUCAAGCCUGUUUUCAUCCCAAGACAUCCCACAUGGGGUCUUGCUAUGGUUAAAUAAUGUAGAGAUAGUUGUCUCAUUCAGUGGUUGUAGAUACCAAAAGUGAAUAUCUUACUAAAGAAAGUGACAUGCUCAUUAACUUUUGUAAAGUAGGAUACGAAACUCGGUAUUUGAAAUAGAUCUCUUGAGAAAGAAUAUUCAACUUGAACCCGUCCCGUGCAAAUGUUACUUAGCGGAAGUACGAAGACAAACUGUAACUCCUAUAUAUAAUGGAAGAAGUUAAACAAAGGAUUACUCGUGGAGAUUUUCUGAACUUUUGAAGAGGCACAUUUUACUUUUUGUAGGAAUUUUGUACAGAAUGAGACAAAUAAGUAGCUAAGUGUACAAGUAUUUCUUCCUAACACUCAGCUAACAACAUGGGAAAAUACUGAAGCUAAGAGAUUGCUUCAUGAUAGUCUAACAGGUAAGUUAAAACUGUUAAUUUGUCCUUUAUGGUUGUAGGCAUAAUGCAUGUUUCUAAAUUCUUACUCAGUGUUUCUCAAUAAUGCUGAACCCUUUGUAAUUUGGGUCCAAAGGUUAAACUUUAAUGGUAAUGGUGUGAACAUCAGUUUUUAACCUGGUGUUAAACUUUGGCCUGAAUGACAUUUUGGAACAAGGGAAUAUUGUCAAAUUAACAAAUUUAAUGCAA